AUGGAUGUCAAAAUGGGCACUGCAGAAUCGUCUCAAUCGUCCGAAAUGGGUGCCACUGCCGGACUUAAUAAUCAAUCAUCAUUUCAUCGACAAUCACCUAAUGUUGCACGUUUAAUACGCAGUGAAAAUUCAUCGAAAAUGGAAUAUGAAUUUCCGAUAUCGGAAGCUUCUACCAAUAGUUCAUUACAUCACCAUCACCAUCAUCGCCAUCAUCAUCAUGGUGAUGGUGGUGGUACUAGUAAUCAUUCUAUAAUACCCGGCAAUAAUAAUAAUCGUCAUGGUCAUUCAUCUUCACAUCAUAGUAAUUCAUCAAAUUCUCCACAACAAAUAAAUACUAGUGGUCAUAUUUUAGGAAAUUAUGACAAUUUAAGACGUAGAAAACUACAUUCAAGUCAAACGUCAAAUAUAUGGUUAUCAUUAACAAGUUGUUUUGGUUGUCGUACACGUAGUUCGGAUAGUUCAUCAAUGAAUUCUUUACGUGAUAAAGUACAUGCUAUACGUAUUGUUCGUGCAUCGAAUGAUCUAACACCAGCUGUAUUUGAUUCCCAUUAUAAUAUAAUAACACUUGAACAAUUACGUGAAUGUGAUAAUACAGCAAGUGGAAAUAUAAAUUCAUUACCAAAUGAUUUAUCUGAUCCAUUGCCAUCACAAAAUUCUGAUUCGUAUGCACCUGCUCAAAAUGGUAAUGGAUCAGUACCAGCAUCAUCAUCAGUAGAACCAUCAUCAUCAUCAUCAAAAAAAGAUAAUAAUCAUCGAAUGAGAAAGAAAAAGAAAAAACGAGCAGCGGCGGCAACAACAGCUUAUUCAUCUAAAACAACAUAUUCUGAUGAUGAUGACGAAGGAUCUGAGCGGACGUGA